AUGCACCGCGUUGUUAUUAUUUUACGCAACAUGGCGGCUGCGAGCUGCGUCGUCCGGAGGUCUUUGUGUCGGUUCUCCUCACAGGGUCAGAUGAUCCAGACCCGUUCUUCGGUCGUCUGCCGAGAACCGCUUUCUGUUAUCAGCCUGCAACGCUAUGGACGAGACCUGGGCUCCUCCAUCUUCUUCCCACAGGCCGUCCUUUCAGGUGAUGACCUGUAUGACCUCACAGUUAGUGAUGGAGACUGUCGUUUGCGUGUGACGCUGGAUCCUGCACUGAACUGGAGGGUGGAGAGAAACUCCCUUCGAGCCGGGUCUGUCCUGCGGAACAGCACCUUCAUGCCGGCCCUGUCCGUCUGUGAAGACGCCGGAUGUCCAGGUUCAGGACGGCGCUCAGACAGUUUCAGGCUGGUGAACGUGGAGGAAAUCCAGGAGACAGGUUCCAUGACUGGACCGGACCUGGACUAUCUGCCCUGGUUCACACCCACUGAACCAGAGCCAGAUCCAGAUCCAGAACAGGAACCACCAGGUCCACUGGUCCCUCUGAGAGCCAAUAGGAGCACAUUUCUGCCUCUGUGGAACAGCACUGACUUCAGUGGAGAGGUCUGGAGAGAGACUGUACCAUCUGAUGGAGAAGACGAGGAGGAGAGAGAGGAGGAAGAGCGUCCCAGUGUGAUGGUGCAUGAGCUUUAUGAAGGUUACCUAUCUGGUCUUCAGGAAGUCACUGUGGGCGUGGUCACACGUCACCUGAUUGUACGCAUCAUCAAUAAGUCACACCUGAUGUAUUAUGGGAAAACAGACAGGAACUGUCAAUGCCCUUAUAAGGCGAUGCUGGAGGUGUGUGACAGGACAGCCAGUGUGUGUGUGGUUCUCUGGAACAGUGUGUGUGUUGAGUGGUACAGAUCUCUGAGACCGGGUCAGAUUCUCAAACUAAGCCGCUACCGAGUCAAACCAAGAUAUGCUGCCAAGGACAGAGAUAUAGAGAUCAGUGUAAACAGCAGGAAUCCUACCACUCAUAUCUCUAUCCUCCCAGAAUUCUGUGUAUCUCCCAACUACCGACCACCUCAACCUGUGUACAAUUUCUACUGUGGGAAGGAACUCUUGGACUGUCCCCACGGCCACCUGUGUGAUGUCAUCGGCUUGGUGACAUUUUCUGGCCGGCCAGAGCGAAUCAGGAGCAAGGCGGACGGUCACCCUGGUCAGAGGGUGGAGCUGUUGGAGUAUCGGUGGCUUCGAUUGGAGGAUGGGACCAGUGAUCAGCCAAUCAUGGUGAAGCUCUUUUCCACAUCUCAGCCAGAGAUGCACAACAAACUGCACCCAUUAUCAGUGGUAGUUGUCACCAGACUGAAGGUCGUCAAAACCACAGCAGAGACAGAUGAGUGUUACUACCUGUCCAACACAGCAUACACACAAGUCUACUGUACAGGAUGCCACUCAUCAAUGUCAUACCGGAAGCUCCGCCCAGUUCGCACUUUCCUCCAAUGGCUGCAGAGGCAAAAUGACGAACAGGUGCUGAGCAGGGCACUGGUUGGAGGAUUCUUCAUCUUCCCGCCCCCUCCCAUAUCCCUGGAAACAUACAUGAAACACAGCAAAGGGCACCCCGGGUUCCUGAGGGGGGCAGAGCUUCAGAGAGAGUUAAGUCGACUGUGUUACCGAGAACGACGUACCUUCUGUAUCCAGGCAACUGUUACCAUGGUCACAUACUGCAUAAGAGGACAGGAGGACCAGUGUGUGGUGUGGACAAACAGAGCAUCGUCCUUCUCCCCCUGCUCCUCCUCCUCUCUCCUCUCCUCCCCCCCCUCCUGUCAGUCCUCUUCUCCCCGAUCGCCUCGCGCUCCUCCCCCCUCUUCUCCCUUCUCUGUGACAUCAUCUGUCAGUCAGCCGAGGCCCUGCCCCCUGGAUAGCAGAGCAAGCAGGACGCCCUCAAAGAGGAAAUGGUCAGAUUUACAAACAAGAAGAGAGAAAAAGAGACGGCCCCUGGUCACCACACAACCAGACCAAGACAGCAUUACAGGUGCUCUCUGGGAAGCCUCCAUGGAGUUUCUGCAAAGACCUGUAGAUGAGGAGGACAGCAGUGAAGAUGAUGAAGAUGCGUGGUCAUUCAUCACUGCUCCCCUCCCCCCUGCCACCUCUCCAGUCGCCAUGGAAACGCUGCCACUACGCUACAGCCAUGCUCAGAGGGAGGAGCAGGCAGUUGUGGUGUCGUUGCAGUCAGGGCAGUGGAGGCGGAGCUUAAAUGAAGCACUGGAGAAGUUUGACCCUGCAGUGGAAACAUAUUACACCCUGACAUUAAGAGCUCUGUCAGAUUGUGUGCUGUUUGAUGUGGUCUUCCUCCCCGUCUCUCCCCUCUCCUCCUCCUGUUCCACCCACUCCAACACCUGGCUCUCCAUUCUGUCCCAUGGAGCCUUCUCCUCACACACACCUCCGCCCUCCCCAGCUGACCUCAUCGGUGUGACGACCCAGCUGGCCAAUCAGAGGCUGGUGUGCAUUUUGGAGGCGUGUCAUCUGGGCGGGUCCAGAACAGAGAUCAUGCUGAGCAGAGCUUUUCCCCUGACACAGUGACACACACUCACACACAUACACACACAAACAUACACACACAAACAUACACACAUACAUACUCACACACACACUCACACACACUGACACACACACUCACUCACACACACACACACACACACUGACACACACGUGUAUAUUUUGUUUCCUGUUGGACUCAUUCUGACGGUGCAGGAAGUGGACUGUGCCAUGUGUGCAGUAUUUGUGUGACCCUGGCAGUUGUAGUUCUGCGGUGCUGCUGGGUUGUGUUGUCUGUAGCAGCAGCUUUGCCCUGAUAGUGUCUGCUGUGUCGUUUGGCCCAGAAUUGGCCAUGGUGGUGGGAUUUGUAGUUUUUGACUGGCAGGUUUUGGAGGCCAGCAGUUUGAUUGACAUUUUAAAAGGAAGCGACGUCCCUGGUUGUUGUAACAAGAUUACCAACAGAAUCCGUCUUCUAGAAACAUCCGCAUCAGCUGAUGAGACAUGUUUUAUUAUACAGCUGUCCAGCUGAACAUUUACCUGGACAUGUCCUGUCAUUCACUCUAGAAGUUAAUACGUUAUUAGUAAGACUUGUCAGUAAGAGCUGUGUGUGUGUGUGUGUGUGUGUGUGUGUGUGUGUGUGUGUGUGUGUGUGUGUGUGCGUGUGGAUAUGACAGUAUAGUCAUUUCAGAUAUUUUGUGAAUGUAAGAUGAAACCUCAGCUGAUGUAUUGAAACGAUUAAUUUAUUGAUUGAAGGCAGUAAACUGCAGGUUGUCCCUGAGGGUUUGGUCCUGUCUGUCUGUCUGUCUGUCUGCCUUUCUUCUUGGAAAAUAAAUAAACCAAAGAGAAUGUUGUUUAGUCCACGUUGCUCCUUCAUGUGAGGUGAAACCAGCUGCCGUCCAUCUUCCCCCAUCGUUACCUUCACGUGAAGACAUGUAAAGAAGACAUGUGAAGACAUGAAGACGUGAAGAAGACAUAAAGAAGACACGUGAAGAAGACGAGAAGACGUUAAGAAGACAUGUAAAGAAGACGUGAAGACAUGUGGAGACACGUAAAGACGUGAAGAAGACGUGACGACAGCAGCAUCUGCUUCCAUCCUGUACUUGUAAAGAAGACAGGUUUCACUGAUGUGGACACAGCUGUUUCCCUUGAUGGGGUCACAAAAGUUUCUGAUUAUUUUUUGUUGUCCUGCUUUAUAAUAA